UCAUAUUUAAGUAGUUUAGGUAUAAAAUCCCCAAAUGUUGGUUCUAUAAUUGAAUUAAAUCCCUAAUUGUUCUUUGUUCUUAUCUACGCAACUAUGGUAUAAAGUUCCUAAUUGUUGAUAUCUACGCAACUAUGGUAUAAAAUCCCUAAUUGUUGGUUUAUGAUUAUCCCUUGUUGGUUUACUGUGUUUUAACUAAUUUAUGAAUCUAUGUUCUUCAUUUAGUUGAUUUAUCCUUUGAUUAUAGAGGAAACCAAUUUUGACCAGAUUGAUGGAAGAUAUACAUAUGUAUUUGAUGGAGGGUUGUUUAAUACAGCGAGAAUUUAAAGCAAAUUGCGCAAGAGAUUUCGUGUGGAUUUAGUCGAAGCAUAUUGUUGGUCUCAACACGUUUGAUAUGUAGUCUCAAUGAAAUUAUUGGGCGAAUAGAGUUUUAGCAUGUUGUCCAACACCCUAUCCUCAAAAAACUAAGUAGGAAUAUCUAUGCAAAUCAUUCAAGAUACAAAUGCCAUUUCUAUCAGAGGAAAAUAUUCUACUUUCGAUUGUGAUUUAUUUAACACAGCUUAAGAUUUUUAGCGGCUUUGUUCUUGAACGGUGUUUACCUACUCUGAGCUUCUAUCAUCACUCCACUCAAUCUCAAUCCAUCUACGUACCGGUAGAUCAAGCUCCUGAUCAAUAUCUUGUGUUAAAACUUGAAGUUCAAAGUGGUUCUCUAUUUCUCUGUACCAGACUUGAAGUUUGUCGCGACUCUCAUUCUCUUCACCAGACUUCAAGUUUAUUUUCACAUCAAAGCAUCCAGACACAGCAACAAGUGAGUUGCAGGGUCUGGUAUUGGCUGCAAAUGGGAUAUUAACCAUAUUUGCAGUUUUGCUAUAAGAUUCGACUUCAUUCUAUUUGUUUAUACAUGUAAGUUAUAAUCACAUUGGUAAAACAUACAUAAAAUCUUGUGUCACUAAAUUCAACAUGCUUUACUUGCCUACGCUGAUGAUUUUCACCUAAUUAUCCUUGUCUCAAAAGUUGUGUAGGUGGGAGGUUUUUAUGUGCUCCAUGAAGUUUUCAUUUCAUGCGUUCAAUUUCUUGGAUUGAAAAUUUGAGCUCCUUUUGGAUGUUCAACCUUGAGGGAGAUAAUACAAUGUCUUUCCAUACUGAUCCAGCUUUGCAAGCUGGAUUGGGUUGUUUGUAGAGUUCAUAUAUGGAGUUGGAAUCUUCGUUUAACUUUGCAACUCUCUUCAAACAGUCAAUUUCGUCGGGAUCAACUAACAAGGUCCUGUCUUUAUCUUUCCAUCCUAUCAACUUUACAUCAGUUUUAUAAUGUCAGCAGUAGAUGUUGAAUAUACAAGAAAAAAGAAGCUGUGAUAAAGACUGUAAAUGUAAAUGAAUACAUUGGUAUUAAAAUGGAAAUAUCUACAUGCAGCAUUUACGGUA